UCUUUAUCUUAUCGGAAUUUCAGGAAAUUUAUCUAUGCUCUAUAAUUAAUUAAAUAAAACAAUAAAAGAAAAUAUACUCACUGUCGAGAAAAAGGAUCGAUAUUUCGAUGUACAACUUUUUUCCUUUGUCUUCUUUUUGAUUUAUAAUCGUGUCGCAAUUUUUCGCUUACGCGCUGACUGACUCAGAUGACUUGAGUCAUCGAUGAUCCGCCUUGUAGAGACCGUUCUUGUCGACGAUAAGCGACGUAAGCAGUACCUGUCAGUUCCAGCAGAGCUUUCCUCGCGUCAACACGCAGCUGACCUCAUAUCCGAUGAAAAUAAUCGUCGCUGUUUGUGUCGCGUGACUUUUGCGUUGUUUCGAUUCACGACGGAGCAUGUAAAUCGGUGCGUAAGAUGUCAUUCAGUACUGUGAGUGCCUGAGUUGCCGUCGAGACUCGGUGUAGUUGACAUGUUGAGGUCAGUGACAUGUGUAACCUAUCGAAUGUCAUGUAUUGUUAAGUAACGCAUAACCUAAAGAUGCGUAAGACAUUCCGCAGCUUCUUCGUCGUUGUCGUCCUAUGUCUCUUGACAGGACGUGCCAUAGCCUCGGAUUGCUAUCCGAAUUAUUGUCAGAAAUUGACUGACCCACCAACAUCGGGUUAUUCAUGCUUACUUACAACGCCAGUAAAAAAGGGGGAAGAUUGCGCGAAGCAAAAAUUUGAUAAUGUCAAGUUAUCGAAAGAUAACGCCGCAACUUUCACAUUGUAUGUAUAUGUAACAAACUUCGAGGAACAAAUAAAAGCAACUGCAUUUAAUUUAUCGAUCUCAGACAUCAGUUUUAAUAGUUUAACCAUGCGUUAUCAAGAGAUCGCUAACAAAAACGAGAAUGCGUGUAGACACAUAGAGCUGUAUGGAAAUUCCAGUCAUCCCGCGCCUAAAGAUUUGUACGUCUCGUGUCCGUUUAACGACGCUACGUACGAAGGUGCCUCGUAUCGCUUGGAGUGUCUCGUAAUCGGAAAAAAUUACGUGUAUACCAAGAAAUAUAUUUUUUACGUGCCGUGGCACAGACUUAUCGAGGAUGGUGUCGACGUUAAAACGUAUACGCCUUUUGUAUAUGUUGAUGUAUCGGAUUCCUCGAAUCUGGUGUUAAACGUACAACAGCUUCCAUCGAGAUAUAAUGUAACAGAGUACAAAGUGUGGUUGAUUAAAAAUGACACACAGUUAACAAUUAGUACAAUCAUUCCCGCGGAUAAAAGUGGGAGUCAUGUUCAGUAUAACUUUUCCCUACCCGAUGGCAUUUAUUAUGUCAAAGUCGCGGCUUUACAUCGCGAAUGCGGCGAACAUGGAUGCGCGAACAGCACGACGCCGUUUAUACACAUAAACCGAGUGUCCAAUCGAUUGCUGAUUAUGAUAAUCAGUUUGAUAUGGAUACCACCUGUUGUAGUGUUCGCGCUGUAUCAUGCGUUUAAGGUUUACAGAAAGAAGGUCUUGAAGAGAAUGGCGAUGAGGCCGAAUUGUUUGCUGAUAUACUCUCCGACGCAUCCGGCGCACGUAAAUGUAAUGGGAGAGUUGGCAAAGUAUCUGCGAUGCUGCAACAUCAAUGCCAUGAUAGAUAUGUUCGAUAUCGCGAAGACCGCCAGCAAGGAUCCAGGUCUCUGGUGCAAUACUGCGUUUCAGACCGCGGAUGUUGUGCUCGUCGCGACGUCCCCGCCGACGUCCGCGAAAUCCGACACGACGAUUAUUUAUCGAAACGUGGACAAUCACCUGUUGCGACUGCUCAAGGAGAACUAUCCGCAGAGGAAUAAGAGGUAUUACGCGAUACAUCUGCCGUAUUGCAAGUCGGAUCACAUACCGGAGGAAGCGCGGCUUUUCAAAAAAUUCCACAUGCCCGAGGAACUGACGAAGCUCGUAAAGACGAUUUACGGUAUUGGCUGUCUGCAAUACUUCGCAGCGUCGGACGGAGAGUUCUUGGAGAGCAUUAAAUUUGCCACAAUAAUGUUUGAGGACGAGCCGAGCGCGACGAAAAAUAUCGAAGAGACCGACGAUUUAUUACCGGCGAUCGUCAUACAAGAGAGUAAAGAUUGCGAUGCCGAUCGGCCGAUAAAAAAUACUUCGCGAUGUCCCGACACACCGGAUUGCGACGUCAUACCGCAGUCUUUCACGACAAACAUCGACGAGUUGAACCUGCUCGGUGAGAUUGGCGAGGGAAAGUCCUUCGGCUUCAAUUCCGCGAGGAAUGACUGCGAGUUUCGCAUUGAUAAGUUAAACUUAUGAUUUUUUUUACGUUGUGCAAGAAUAGUUCGUAAGAUAUUUCUAGAAAGUUUUAAUUUAAGUUUUCUAUACCGAAAUUAAUUGCAUGUGCGAGAUGAAGUGAUAUGAAUAAAAAAUAUUUCAUAAGUUUUA